AGCAGAAGGCUGCCAGCAAUAGGGGCUUUCGUAGCAAAACCCUCACCCAUUAUAACAACAGUUGAAAUAGUUAAUAAAAAGUGAAAAAAUAGAAAACGUGAUCGAAAUUUUUGAAAGAAAGAAAUAAAGAACACAUCAUGAAUCGUGGUCAAAUCUUAGUUGUGUUGGGUCUAUUGGCCAUUGCCGCCAGCGUCUGUGCUAAAACUGGCUAUGGUCCCGGUGAACAAGAUUGGGGUUUUGUAGAUGUCCGCAAGGGGGCCCAUAUGUUCUACUGGCUCUACUAUACCACCGCCAAUGUCUCCAGCUACACUCAACGUCCUUUGGCUAUAUGGUUGCAAGGUGGUCCAGGUGCUUCCUCUACCGGUUAUGGUAACUUCGAAGAAUUAGGCCCUCUUGAUCUGUAUGGCAAUCCACGUAACUGGACUUGGGUUAAAGAUAUGAAUGUCUUAUUCAUUGAUAAUCCAGUGGGCAGUGGUUUUUCAUAUGUGGACAAUGUUAUGUACUUGACAUCGACCAAUAAACAAAUUGCUUUGGAUUUAGUAGAAUUCAUGAAGGGUUUCUAUGCUCUACAUCCAGAAUUCGAAGAGGUACCUUUGCAUAUUUUCUGUGAAAGUUAUGGUGGUAAAAUGGCUCCAGAAUUUGCCUUGGAAUUGUACUAUGCCAUACAGAAAAAAGAGAUUAAGAGUAAUCUAACUUCGGUGGCAUUGGGUGAUCCCUGGACUUCCCCCAUUGAUUCGGUAAUGGCUUGGGCACCACUCUUAUUGAAUAUGGGUAUUGUUGAUCAAGAUGGUUACACCAAUAUUAUGAUUUCUGCUAACAAGACUAAAGAAUUGGUUGAAGCUGAAAAAUGGACUCAAGCCACCAUGCAAUGGAGUGCUACACAAUCUGUGUUGUUAAGAGAAUCUAAAGGUGUGGAUUUCUAUGAUAUUCAAAAGCCCACCAGAGGUGAUGCCUAUACACGCAUGUUAUUAAGAACCCAAAACUAUCAAGAACUCAUGUAUCGUACUUUGGUGCAUUACGACAUCGAUGAGAAUCGCGAUCAAAUGUUGCAAGAUCUUAUGCGUGGUAAUGUUAGUAAGGCUUUGGGCAUUCCCUCUAAGGUAAAAUGGGGUUCUCAAAGCAGCAACACUUUUACACGUCAAAUGGGUGAUUUCAUGAAGCCUGUAAUACAUAUUGUUAGCGAACUUUUGGAUAAUACCAAUUUGAAAGUUGGUGUUUUCUCUGGUCAAUUGGAUUUGAUUUGCGCUACUCCCGGUACCGUUAACUGGAUCGAGAAAAUGCAAUGGAGUUAUCGUGAUGCUUAUAUUAAGGCUCCCCGUUUGGGCAUAAGUGUUGAUCGCAUUUUAGAGGGUUAUGAAAAGUCGGCUGGUAACUUUACCAUGUUCUGGGUAAAUCGUGCUGGUCAUAUGGUUCCCGCCGAUAAUCCUGCUGCUAUGAGUCACAUUCUUAAGAAAUUUACCAAUUAUGGUUGAACAUAAUUAAUUGUUAAGCAAAUUUUAAUAAAUCUAGAAAGUUACCAAAGA